UCUCUCUCUCUCUCCGACGACGUCGUCUUCGUCUUCUUCUUCCCUCAAAAGAUUCAUCGCGAACUCACCCACCCACCCAAUCGCUCCUUCUACCUCCCCUCUCAUGGCCUAGUCUACCCCACCAGACCCAAUAGACCCCUCCAAUUCGAUCUCUCGCUCGCCGAGGCGCUCGCAAACGCGCAAGACAAGAAAAUGGCAUCGACCACCGCAACCACCAACCCCACGACCCAAUCUCCGACCCGAUCCUCCGACGACGUCACGGUCGACCUCACCCCGCUCCUGUCCCGCUCCAACAGCUCCCGCGACGACCCCUCGAACUCGAGCCCCGCGCGCCGCCCGGGCCGCCGGGGGCGGCCAGGGCCUGCGCGAGGCGGCGCGGUUCCUGCGCCGCGCCAGCAGCCGGCGGGUGAUGCGCGAGCCGUCGAUGCUUGUCCGGGAGUCCGCGGCGGAGCAGCUCGAGGAGCGGCAGAGCGACUGGGCCUACUCGAAGCCCGUGGUGGUGCUCGACGUGCUCUGGAACUUCGCCUUCGUUGCCGCCGCCGCGGGGGUUCUGAUCGUGAGCCGGGGGGAGAAUCCCACGAUGCCGCUGAGGGUGUGGAUCGUCGGUUACGGGUUGCAGUGUAUCUUGCACGUGGUUUGCGUGGUGGAUGAGUACAGGAGGAGGCAGCGGCGGUGGCGGUUGCGCCAACAGUCGCCGCGAUCCGAUAGCUCCCUCGAGGAGGAGAGUUCGGCGGGAUCUCGAGAGGAUUCACCACGGGAGUAUGUGUCGUUGGCUCAGUUCAGCGAGGAGGGAAGAAGGGCUUUGUUGACACUCGUCAUCCUUUCAUGUAAUUUCAGUAGUGUAGCGAAGCAUCUGGAAUCAGCGAACACUAUGUUUUCCUUCGUUUGGUGGAUCAUUGGUUUCUACUGGGUUUCAGCGGGUGGCCAAACUUUAGCACAUGAUGCUCCUCAGCUAUAUUGGCUUUGCAUCAUCUUUUUAGGGUUUGAUGUGUUCUUUGUAGUCUUCUGUGUUGCCCUGGCAUGUGUCAUUGGCAUAGCUGUGUGUUGCUGUCUCCCUUGUAUUAUUGCACUUCUUUAUGCUGUGACAGACCAGGAAGGAGCAUCUAAAGAAGAUAUUGAGCAACUGCCCAAGUUCAAAUUCCGGAAAAUUGGUGACGGGGAGAAACAUAUCUCUGAGGUCGAGGGACCUCUAGGAGGCAUAAUGACCGAAUGUGGCACCAAAGGCUCGCCCAUUGAACAUUACCUAUCGCAAGAUGAUGCAGAGUGUUGCAUUUGCCUUUCGGCUUACGAGGACGGGGUCGAUCUGAGGGAACUUCCGUGCCGUCAUCAUUUUCAUUGUACCUGUGUAGAUAAAUGGCUAUACAUAAAUGCUACCUGCCCACUCUGCAAGUAUAACAUCUUGAAGAGUACCAACAAUGGAUCGGAGGAAGUGUAGAAGGGUCCGAGUGCCCGACACAAACUACAUAUUCCUGAACUUCCAGUUCAAGAGAAUUCGAGUUUCAUAGCAUGUUGAAGGACAAGUUGUGGGCUGUCUUUUCCAUCGUCGUGGUAGCUGUAAUGGCAAACAUACCCAUGUGUUCUGUCCGUCUUGGUAUGUACGUUUUCAACCUCCCCUUGUACAUGUUCAUGUCUGGAUUUUUACGGAGUCUGAUGAUUCAAGUAGCUGUCUUCUGUCGGCUUUCGCCAUCGAUGAUGGCACGAUUAAAUAUCAGAUGCUGCUUGUGAAUUAAAGGCGUAAGAGUCAUGAGACUUCUUGAAACGUGAGAAAUGAGGCGAUGAUUAACUUCCUUUGUCGGGCCAACAACGUGAUGUGUUGAUCUAGCAUUGUUUAUGACAGUGACAACAUGUAUUCGAUGCGUUCAAUAGAUGGCUUUCCAUCUA